UUUUUUUUUAUUUCAAUAUACACAAACGUCAAUAACAAAUUUAUAUCUUCCAGGUUAAGGAAGUUAAAGUUGAUGGAUACUCACGGUGGUGGUGAAUGUACCGAUCCAGCCGUGGCGGCCGCCGGGGAAGCUGCCGGAGCACCUUUAGAUUACACUACUCAGACGAGAAAUGCAAAUGGAGCUGAUUAGCAGGAAGAGGUUUACCAAAAGGUGGCAGCCCUAAUUGAUUAACUAUGAAGGUGCCUCUUAGCUACAUCAACACUCAAAUUUCUUAAAUCGUUAUUGCCCAGGCUUCAAUGAUCAACCCCUAACACAUUUUGGGUGUUCUGAAAUCUUGGUACACCCUUGAGCACAUGUUGAGGAAUAAUUAGAGAAAAUUGAGACCCGUUCUAAUGAGGUAGAUACAUUGUUGGCCAGGGGUGAAGUGAGGUAAGACUGAGGGGUUCACCUGAACUCUCUUCGGCAAAAACUUACAUUGUUUAUACAUGCUUAAUAUUAUUUUUUAUGUAUAUAUUAUAGAUGUUGAACCUUUUUUGACUUCUUCAUGUGUUUACUAAUUCAUAUCUUGAACCCUCUUAAGUGAAUUUUGGCUCUACCACUGUUAUUGUUUAAGAUCCUAUCAGAACUCUUGAGAUAGUUAUGACUUGCAAAAAUUUAAUCUAUCAAGGCACAAAAUUCAUUUAUCUUUUCAAAAUAAUUAUCAUUAGUUGAGUGACCUUUGUGGUACAAAACAAAGUUGAAUGACUUUUCAAAAUAAUUAUCAUUAGUUGAGUGACCUUUGUGUUACAAAACAAAGUUGAAUGACUUUUCUAUUAUAAAAUAAAAUUGAGUAACUUUUUGAGAUAAUUAUCAUUAGUUGAGUGACCUUUGUCUUAUAAAUAAACUUGAGUGAGUUUUUGAGAUAUAAAUUAUUACUUGAGGUCCUACAAAAAAUAACUCUAUAUUAUAUAAAUAGAUACUAGGGCUCACAUUAGGGGGAAAAAGUUUAUCAAAAUUGAGAUGUAUACUGAUACUCAAGAUUGUAAGAGUACCGCCUCGGCUAUGGCUGCCACCGGAUCUUCGACCGUAGAAGGGUCAACAAGAUCACCUUUAGAUUCUACAGUUCAAACGGGAAAUGCAAAUGAAGGUGACUGGCAGGAAAAGGCUUACGAAAAGAUCAAGUCUAUGAAGGAAAUGCAUUACUCAAAGCUCUAUUCUCUAUAUCAGGAAAUUGCUGAUGCACUGGAAGAGAAAUCUCAGCAUCUUACAAAUGAGCAAAUUGAAAAGCUGAAGAUGUUCAAGAUAACGUUAGACCGCAUUAUGCUUUUCUUGCAGCUUAACAAGGAUUAUGUCACACUUGCUCACAAGGAGAAACUGCUUUCGGUUGAGAAACACAUAGAUUUCUUUCUUAGACCCCGUCAGACACCAAAGCCUACUUCUCCAGUGCAGGAGCAACUUCCUCAGAAGGACAAGCAGCAAACUGAUGCAGAACCAGCAACUAAGAGAGCAGUCCCACCAUCGGCAGAUGCAGCAGCAACGUUUUUAGACGUUAGCACGACAGCAGCAAGCAAAGCAACAGUAGACCAUGCUAUUGUGAACCCACCAGAUGUCACAGCUUCAACAGUCUUCGAUCCAGCUUCAGCAACCUCAAUCCCUUGAUGGUUGAAAUAUAUGCAACAAAACAGUAUUAUUGACUUGCAACAUGAUUGUUUUGGAUAAUUCUAUUGUUUAUGUUUCGUGCACUCGUUAACUCAUGCACCCUUCCCUAGAUUAUGUGAACUAUUUGCAAUUAUGAUGAUAAAUUGUUUAAAUUAUAUGCGGGAACUCAGGCUAAAAUUUGAAAUAUGCAUCUCCA